AUGACCUUUCUCAGACAAAUGUACACCUCCCCGGUAGCAAGGGUUCUGACACAGGCGGCCUUGUCCAGGCCUCUCAUUUUGGAGAAGGGUACAGUGACCAAGUCUUCCUUAGUUCCGGAGCUUCAGCAAUUCUGGAUUGAGCCAAACAGGCAAAUCGCAGUUCCCAUGAUUUCAGCAUCAGGAAUAUUUCAGUUCAAAGAUGACAGUGAAAAAAAUCAAUUGAUACUAAAGAUUGAUCUUGGUGAAAAUAAUUUGCUUUUGCUUCUAAUGCCAACAAAAGGAAAUACCCUUAAGAAAAUUGAAUCUUCCCUCACAGACAGGGAUUGGCAGUCUUUAAACUGGAUAACUAGUUUAUCAAACAGAUCCAUCCAUUUAUCUAUACCAAAGCUGGAAAUAGAAUGUUCAUAUGAUGCCAAAGAUCUUCUUGCUUAUAUGAAAAUGCCUAGUCUGCUAGGGAAGGCUGCUCAUUUUGGUAAAUUGAGUAAUGAAGAUAUAAAAAUGGGAAAGGGGCAUAUCAUACUGCAGGCAGCAGCGGCUUUCUCCCCCACGAUCACCGGCAAUGAGCGACCGGAGGAAGAGGAGUAA